UAAUUUACCAUCUUAUUUAUUGUCAACAUUAAAAAUAAAUAAAUCAGCUUAGCCAGUGUAUAACAGGUAAUUGUUACUCUAUGUCACUAUGCUGCUGGCUCUGCUUCUGGUUCUGAGCCUUUCCUCUGGGACUCUCUGCUCUGAGUCAUCUUCAAUAAUUAUCCAUUACCGGGUUUGGGAGGAGCAGCCGUCGGGAACUCAGGUCGGCCGUCUGUUGGACGACCUCCGUCAGAGGGAUGAAAUCGGCCCUCUGGAGGAUUUCCAGGUGGUGGAGCAGGUAAAGGCCCUUCCUUUCUCUGUCACGGCUCGAGACGGGGUCAUCUCCACCCAAGGUCAACUGGACAGGGAGGCGCUGUGCCGGGGAUCAGACCUUUGCGAGGUGGCCUUCAGCGUCCUCUACAGAAAGAGCGGCUCUGUGAACUGCCUCCGGAUCCGUGUUGAAGUGAUGGACCUAAACGACCAUAGUCCCAGCUUCCCCAACACCACACAGGAGGUGGAGAUCUCAGAGACUGCCCCCCUUCGCAUGCGAAUCCCUUUAGAUCGAGCUGUUGAUCUCGAUGCGGGGCCCAACGGCCUUCAGACCUAUUCCCUAUCAGUUAAUCAACACUUUGCUUUGGAUGUGACAGACGCUUCAGGUGGGUCAAAACAAGCAGAGCUGGUGGUUAUCAAAGAGUUAGACAGGGAGGUUCAGGACUCUUUUGACCUGAUUCUGGUAGCAUACGAUAAAGGGAACCCACCAAAGUCCGGGAGCAUGUCUGUCCAUGUGUUGAUUCAGGACUCAAAUGAUAACAGCCCGGCUUUUCAGGAGAGCAGUCCAACUGUGACUCUAAGUGAGAAUACACCCAUUGGGACAACCAUCUUCAAGCUUACAGCUACUGACCCAGACCUAGGUGCCAAUGGUGAGGUGAAGUACUGGUUCAGUAAACACACCCCCCCAGAGUUUCAAAAACUUUUCCAUGUGGAUUCACAGACUGGAGAGGUGAUUGUAAAGGCUCCUUUGGACUAUGAGAGGGAGCCAUCCUAUGUGCUCAACAUACUGGCCGUAGAUCAUGGUCCCAACAGCAUGCCAACUCACUGCAAGCUACAUAUAAAACUUGUGGAUGUAAAUGAUCACGCACCAAGGAUUAGCACAAAAUGGCUUUCACCCACCUCUUCUGUCCCCACCGUCAGGGAAGGAGCUCCGAUUGAUACGUUUCUUGUACUGGUGACAGUUUAUGAUGCAGAUUCAGGGAAGAAUGGAGAAGUGAGCCUGACUAUUCAAGAGGGAUCAGGGCCUUUCCGUCUUAAAUCCAGCGACCAUUUUAAUUUCUUGAUUGUAACAAAUGACUCCUUGGAUCGAGAGAAGGUUAAUAAUUAUAACAUCAAACUCAUUGCUAAGGACCAUGGAAAUCCGUCUUUAGUUACUAUUGAAAACUUGCCAGUUUCUGUUCUAGAUGAGAAUGAUAAUGCACCAGUAUUUCUCAAAUCUAUUUAUAAUACUUCAAUUAAGGAAAACAAUUUUAAAGAGGAUGCAGUUCUUGAAGUCAAAGCAAGUGAUGAUGACCAGGGACUCAAUGGAAAAGUUUCUUACAAAAUAAAGACACUUACUGACCAGAAGAGUUUCUCCAUACACCCAACAACUGGAAUCAUAAGGGUACUCCGAAGCUUAGACCACGAGGAAUCUCAGAGCUACUCUUUCAUUGUGGAAGCUGUGGACUAUGGGCACCCGCCACUGACUGGUUCGACCACAGUCCAGAUUAAUGUUGAGGAUUUAAAUGACAACUCUCCAGUCAUCAAGGAACCAAAACCGAGAAACGGGGUGGUUUCUGUGAGCAUCCCCGUGAAUGCACACAGAGGGGAGAUUGUGACCGAGCUCGGAAACGACACAGAAGAAAAACCCACUUCUCUGCCAAUCAGUCGCUCAGUUUUGGAUGGAUUCAACAGCUUCCCUGCAUCAACAAUAAAAGCCGAAGAUCCAGACUCAGGACUCAAUGGACAGCUAAAGUACAUCAUUUCAAAUGGAAACACAAAUGGCUUGUUCUGGAUGGAUGAAGAUACAGGGCAGCUAUUUGUAAAUGCCACCAAUGCCACUGAGCUGAUUGGGAGAACUUUUAAGAUGGAGCUGUCUGUGGCAGACAUGGGCUCUCCCAGCUACAAGACAGAGGCGACUCUGGAGGUAACUUUCAUCAAUCUCCAGGACCACUUGAAGAACUCUUCACCUGGAAACCGAGGGCAACUUAGCUUUACCAUGAUGAUGGCCGUCUGCCUGGGUGCCACAUGCCUGCUCCUUCUGUUGGCCAUCGCGUUGGUGACAACAUUUUGCCGACCCGAGAAACGGGACAACCGUGCUUACAAUUGCAGACAGGCUGAAUCCAGCUACACCCGGCAUCCUCGAAGGCCACAAAAGAACAUCAGAAAAUCUGACAUCCAGCUAAUUCCAGUGAUCCGAGGGCGCAAAGAAGAGCCGUUUGAGGAAGACAGUGAGGUCCAGCCUCUGACUCCUGCUCCACUACCAGAAGACCAACAAACUGAGAGAGAGUAUAACUUCAUACCAUCGGUUAUGAACACCAGCUUUCAUUCCCAAAGCUACCCGGAAGUGGAUUCCCCUCAGCAUGUUGGCCAUCACUGCAAAACACUUCGGAAACCUGGCAAUAUUGAACUUGAUGGGACUUUGACUCUGACACCAGCUACAUCAUACCAGACCCUUUGUAAAACCAGAAACCCUUCCUCGUCCUCUUCUUCGCUGUCACAUUUUAGCACCUUGAAGCGUAAUAAGCUGCACCCAGAAAGCGAAGAGUCACGUCCUCAACGUUCGACGUCCCAGGCGACUCUAAGGAGGCCGAAGACAUCAGAUGGUCAGCAAGAUGCAGAACACCAGCAAAUGCUUCGAAACCUGGUUCGUCUCUCCAUGGCUGCAUUCGGAGACACCAUCGAGCUUUCCUCAGCUUCCCCAGAGGUGCAGCAGAUCUCUCAGCUCCUCUCCCUGCUCCGUCAGGGUCAGCUGCAACCAAGGACAAACUUCCGCGGAAACAAGUAUUCCCAUCGGAACGGCAGAUAUGGAGGUCACGACUGCUCAGAUUGGCAGAGCACCAAAGACAGUGGACAUGGAGAGAGUGAGGCUGGUGAUGUGGACUGGGAAGCAGGAAGAGACUCACCCAUAGACCCACAGCUGGAAGAAGGCCUCAGUAACCUUCUCAACAGCCCAGAUGACGUUUUCUCAGAGAUCAGUGACCCCGCCUGGAUGGCCAGGCUCUCCCUGCCACUCACAGUCGAUUACCAUGACAACGUCUUUGUGCCCAAUGGUCCUCCUUCUCCUGAAAGCGAGCUUCCACCGCGGGACGGCCUGAACUCCACCUCGUCUUUCUCCACCUUUGGUAAAACUCCAGAGAAAGACGGCCAGCUGGGCGGAGCUUUGCUGUCAGAGGUCAGCACGCUGUUUGAGAUGCUGAUGACUCAGAAGGCCGACGCCCACCCAGGCCCUCGGCCUGACGUCCUGUACAGGCUGUCAGCAGCGUACCGACGCUCUCUGGGCUUGGACGCGACAACAGCAGCUGGAGGCAGCGCCCCAAAGAACUGCUCUGAAAAGAGGCCGGCUGUGGCCUCAAAACAUCAAUACCAGUGACUGUUAGAUGCAUUCAAACAUCGCAGAAGACUAAAGGGAGCGGGGACCAGAAUAAGAGAAGUGUUGGGGUUAAAAAUAAUUAAAGAAUAAACCCAGGA